AUGGUAUUGCCUAACCUACAGAACAUUUCCUGAUCAUUUUAACGGGCCUUUGUUUCUUGCUUACCACAACAAAUAACGUGGCAUAGAAGAAGUCGUAGGCCGAACACGUAAUCGGAUUAUAAUCAAUGACAAGAAUGAAUGUGACCCCUUAUCAAAAUUAUGGAACGACGCCUGUCUCUGAUUUCCUCUAUGGAGCUCAAUCUUCAUCCGAUGAUAACUCUUUUAUAUUCAGUAAUGGUUCACCCUACACAUACGACAGAUCCUGCUUCAGCGGGUAUCCAAGCGUUUGGCCUACAAUUAGUCCAUUCGUUACAAAUUCGACGCACUGCUCCCCAUCCUGUGACUGUGACCUCAGAGAAAACUCAUAUAAAUCUAAAGACAAUGAUACAGACAUGAAAACCCGAAGGAAAUCUAAAGGAAGAGCCAACACGGAGUCAUCAUGUAGACCAAAGAAGCCGCCUACCACAAAUCCUGUAGUCUUACGUAGAAGGCGAUUAGCUGCAAACGCUCGGGAACGACGAAGAAUGAAUGGACUGAAUGAAGCAUUUGAUCGUUUGCGAAAAGUCAUACCAACUCUUGAAAGUGACCAAAAGUUAUCGAAAUUUGAAACUUUGCAGAUGGCCCAAACUUAUAUUUUAGCACUUUGUGAUUUACUUGAAAAGGAGGAAGAUAGAGAUCACUCAUAUGUAGUUUUCGAAAAAUUCCAAAGUUGA